AUGCAGAAGCUUGUGGGGACGCGCCCUUGCCAGGCACAGUUCCCCAUUCCCCUGCACCGGCCAUUGUGCACUCAGGACCGCUUCGCGGAGGUGUUAUACGCCAUGGUCCGGCGGAAGGGCAUCGGCAAGCACCCCGACUGGUACGGCGGGCUGACGCCGAGCUCGACGAUCGAGGAGGUGCAGCGGCACGUCGCCGGCGAAGUGGACUCCCCCUGCCCGGUGCCCUGCGCGCCCGGCCAGGAGGCGGCGACGAAGGGCAAGACGAAGCAGGCGAAGCAGAAGGAGCAGGAGACGGAUGAGGGGGAGCCCGAGCCGGGCAAAGACCCGCGGCCAGAGGAUCAGGCCGAGACGGACGCGGAUGCCGAGCAGAAGGACGCGGAGGGCGCGGCGGAGGAGGCCGAGGACGUGGGCGCGGGCCCAUGCCUCGACGGCUGGAGGCCGCCCGAGGGCUGCCUGCCCGCCUUCGAGUACAACGGCGAGGCGUACACGGGCUGCACCACGAAGGACAACGCGGACGAGCAGGGAUGGUGCUCGAACGAGCCCGUCUACAAGAGCUUGUGGAGCUUGUGCGCCCCGUGCGACGACGACCAGGAGCCGGCGACCGCGGAAGGCGCCUCCAGCACGGCGGCCGCCCCGGAGGAGACGACGUCUUCCGCCAAGAAGACAACCACCUCGACGGAGGGGAAGCCGACGACCACGGCCGCGGCCACCACUUCCACCACCACCGCGACCUCGGCGAAGAAGGCGAAGGCUGGAGCCACGGAGUGCCACACGGCCGAGAAGCACAUCGAGGAAGACAAGGAGUGCUACGACCGCGUGACCUGGGUGCAGAACAGAGGGAUCGACGAUCACCCUGACUAUUACGCAGGCCUGUCCUCGCAGUCGAGCUUCACGGACAGCGCGUCACAUAAGCAGGCGACCUUCGCCGGCCAGCCCCGCUGCCGCCAACCGCCACCCCGCCCAGAGAUGGCCGCCCGCACACGCUCCACCGCGCUGCGCGCCGCUGCGGCCUCCGCCCUGGCGCUGGCCCUCUUCGGCUGCGGCUCCGGCUUCGUGGCGGCGCCCGCCCAGCGCUCGGCCCCCCCCGCCGGGCAGCCCCUGGCCGUGGCCACCGGCGCAGCGCUCCUCGCCGCCGCGCCCGCGCCGGCGUACGCCGGCGGCAUGUUCGACUUCGGCCUCACCCUCCCAUUCGUGGCCAUUACGUUCCUCACCAUGAUGGCCACCCUCAACGCCCUGUGGUACGCGCCCGUGGGCGACGAGAUGGAGGACAGGAACGCCAAGCUGCUGGAGACCCUGUCGCUGGCGACGGACAAGCUCACCAAGGCAGACGCGAUCCAGGUGGAGUACACCGAGAAGAUCCGCGAGGCGCGCGAGACGGCCUCGGCGGCGGUCUCGGAGUACCGCAAGGAGAUCGAGAAGGGCAUCAAGGCGAAGCUCGCCGCCGCGUCGUCCCAGAGGGCGGCCCAGGCGUCCGCCUUGCAGGCCAAGCUGGAGGCCGAGGUGAAGGCGAAGAUGGAUGCCUCCGAGCCAGAGAUCGAGAAUCGCAAGUCGGCCUUCGUGAAGGAGACCCUGGCCUCCUGCUCGCUGGCGUGA